CUACUAAUAGGGAUAUUGGUCUUUGAAAUAUGGACCCAAGAGAAACCAGGACCCAUGAAUUCAGAGUGCUUGGGGAACGUUUUGCAUAUAACACUGAGUGCAGAAUACUUUGAAGACAAAUAUUUAUCUUUUUCUGUUCUUGAUCAGUUUGGCAUAGCCUGGGAGCUAGAUGAGGCCAUGGCAUCACAGUGUGGCUAUACAGUAACUUACAGCAACUGGAACAACAUUGAGUUUCGUGCUUCUGCACUAAGCUGUCAUUCUCACUUAGAGAAAGAUGUGUUCAUAGUAACUCUACAAGUCAAAGCAUCUCAUACUCCUAACAUGAAAAAUGCUACAACUCAUCUGAAAAGUGCAAGAUGUUGCUAUAGUCCAUGGAGUCCAAGACAGUUAGUGUGUGAAAGUAACUACAUGGAGGUUUCUGUCAGGAGGGAGGUUCCAAAAGUUGUGAAAGACGUCACUCAAGAUGAACUUGUAGACUGGACUUCUGCUUUUCCAGAGGCAAAAGCAGGAGAAGCCUCAAUAUGGCAAAUAGUCUUUCAUCAGCCAGAAAAGAAAAAGGCUCUGCUUGUGAGUGAUGCUUGGAGUGCAGGCUAUGGACUCAACAUCACAGACACCAGAGUUCUGCUGCGAAUACCACACACUGCUGGGCAAAUUCAGCUGGUUGAGGAUCAGGGAAUUAACUUUUCUUCAGUGAGAUCAAGUAUAUUUUACAAACAGCUAUGGAUGAUCGUGAUGGUGGAUACUGCUAUGGCAUGCCCUGUAGAUGGUGUGGUCUACACUACUAAAACAAUCACCUGGACUGUUCCAAAGUACAUUCAAUCCCUCUCUGCUGGAGCGACAGGCUUUAAGGAUGUCCUCAUUGAAGCUGGUGUGGAUCUACAUAAACUCUCUGCCGAAGAAAUGGCUUCCAGGAAAUAUGUGUUACUGAAUGAUUUAAAUGCAAUUACAAUGAAGAUACCAAUAGGUGCAGAAGGUGGCUAUUACAAGACAUCUGUGAGCAGUGGACAGCAUGGGGCAAAAUACACCAUCAAUGUGUUUUUAGAACAUCAGUGGGAAGAUAACAAAUGGGGACUAACCAAACAUACCAUCAUCAAAGAAAUAGAAACACCAUUUGAACAAGUAGAACUUGCUAUAAUCAACAACUCAAAUCUGACUGCAAGACUAAUGAAUGUGACAGUGGGAACGUUCCUCCCAGAUGUGGAGCUUGUAAACUUAACCAUGGAGGAAGCAACUGUUGCUGUGCCUGAAGCUGUUCAGCAUGGAUAUCUAAUAGAUGAGAUCAGAUAUCCUAAUGGAAGCAAAGCCUAUGCAAUACAAGUCCCACUUGAUGUAACAAGUGUUAAGAAAGAGUACGUGGGAGCAAACAAGAGAGCGCACACCCUGAAUGUCACACUUGCAUUCAUAGUCCAUCCAACAAGUGAGACCUUUGUGGUCCCAGUCAGAAUUGUGUCAGCUGUUGAAGAUGCAGUACUGCCCAGUGCAACAGGAUUUUGUGAUGGGAGGAACCUUCAUCUCACUAUUACUCAUGGGAAUGUGGACCAAAACUGGCAACCUUUCAUCUCAGACUGGCACCUGACCCCAGACACUGUGAAAAAGUACAACUACAGCCUGAGGGACAAUGGCACUCACUUGGCAAUCUCUGUCCCUUUUCUUUCUUCCCAUGUGAACUAUGAGGAUUUUAAUAUCUCUGGAAUAAAGGCUUCUCUCCACUUAACCUUGAAGGAUGGCAUCACCUCUGCCAAUAGGAGAGACUUCUCAGUUUCCUGCAUAUUUUCCUCUUCAGAGCUAAUACAGUGCUUGCCCAAUGGCACUGUGGUUAUUACUGCACUGAAACUGCUAGGAGUUGCAGACCUGGACACCAGCCUGCUUGUCUUGAGGGACAGGAGGUGCAAACCCAAUUUAGUGACAGAGAAGACUGCAACCUUCAAAUUCAAUGUGAACACUUGUGGAACAAGUAGAAAGUUCAAUAGUACAACUAUGAAAUAUGAAAAUGAUGUCCUCUAUUUCAGACCUGGCACCAAUACACCAGUAUACCAACUGAAAUUUGCAUGCUGGUAUGCAAUCAAGCAGACUCUUGAUGCCAAAUAUGAAUCUAAGACUCCACCACCCAGUAUUACGCCAUGGUUUGGCUCUCUUGCUCUUUCAAUGAAGCUUUUCAGAGAGAAAUCUUAUGUGGAGCCCUACCAGGAGUCAGAAUACCCUGUGGUAAAAUACCUGAAGGAAGCAUUGUAUUUUGAAGUUGAACUGCUUCAGCCUAAGGAUAGGAGACUGGAACUAAACCUGGCUGACUGCUGGGCUGCCAACUCCCAAAGCCAGGAGAGUCUCCCACAGUGGCACAUCCUUCUAAACGGAUGUGAAAACAGCAAGGACUCCUAUAAAACUGUCUUCCAUGAAGUUAACUAUAGCCGCAGAGUGAAAUUUCCUCAGCACCUGAAGAGAUUUGAAGUGAGAAUGUUCACCUUUGUACAAGACACAACAGUAUUACAAGAGCAGCUGUAUUUCCACUGCAGUGUGGUGAUCUGCAGCACUGUGCAACAACCUUCAGGCUUUCUUUGUUCAAGGAGAUGCAGUCCUGUGAAACACAGACUUGAUCGCAGUGCAGAACCACCUCUACGUGGGCAAGUCUCAUCUGGAGCGGUGCUUCUUAGGAAGGAAAAUUACUAACAGAGCUAUUGCCCUGAAAAGCUGGAGGAAUAUCUCCUGGCACCCCUUAGAAGAGGGAAUGUGGAGCUGGGGUAGCCAGCAGAUAAACAACUCUCCUGAGGAACUGGCCGAAGUCCUUUCACAGGAGGCUUUCUUCCCCCACAGGCACACCUAUGUGCAGCCCAAAUGUGUAACCAUAAAACCUCUUGACACCUAUGUGGUGCUCCUUAGCAUAGAAUUUCAAAGCUCUGUGUGUGAGAGGGUGGCUCCAGCUUUGUUGGAGGGUAGGGGUGAUUUCUUCAAUUUGAAGAGCUAGGACUUGCCUGUGGAGUUUCUUCCAUGUGUGAAAUUUAACCACUGACAAAUAUUCUACUUGAGGUGCUUAAUCUUCCUAUCAUAAGGGAACUUUGGCCUCCUUGUCACUUUCAGGGUAUUUAAGUGUUACUGCUGCUGGCAGGCACAUGGCAACAUUUUUAUAAGGUGGGCAGAGAUGUUGUCGGUCUCUUGAACUCAAGUGGAAAGCCUACCCUGGAGAGGUGAAGCCAUACAAGUCUCUUCAAGCUUGGGCUAGUAUCUGACCUACAAGGCUUCCUCCUUUCUGUUAGUGUACCUUAUGCUGAGUAAAACAGCAGCAUAUAUUUCAGCUGCACCAGAGGAGCCUCUAGGCUGGGUGACAGGAAGAAAUCUAAAUACUAUUUUCACUCUGUUGAUAGUGGCACCACCUCUCUCCCGCAGCACAAAUGUUAACUUUAUACAAAAUCCAUUAUAUGCAACUGCCUGCUCUGCUGUGUGUUACUCUUCCCUAAUAAAAGCAUUAGGAUGACUGUGAGGCAAAAGCA